AUGGAUGAAAGUUCUCAACACUCUUUAGGUUAUACAACUAAAGCAGCACUUAUUAAACUUCGUAACGAUAUAGAUAAUGUGAUAAAGGAACACAAAAAGAAAAACCCCAUUGGAUAUGGGUUGAUAAGAAAUAUAAUUUCGUUUUCAUCAGAGAAAGUUCUGCUGUCGGGUGUCGCUUAUACAAUAACACUAGUUUAUAUUAUAUGUUUGAUACUUACAUAUUUACUCGGCGAAUCUGUUCAAGCCCAUGGGUAUUUACUUUGGGAAGCUUUUUUCUUAUUCAUUAUAUUGGUGAUAAACUUUUUGGUGGCAUUCAAUGAAGAGUAUUUACACAGGAACGAAAUACCUCAUAGAGUAAGAAAAGUUUUAGAAACAUUUGAUGAAGCUAUUGAGAAUUCAAAAUGGAAAGAGAUUCAUUACCCACAUCUGUGCGCUCCAUAUUCUCCUUGUGUGAUUCUACAGUGGACCUACCGAGAUUCAACAAUAGUAAAUCUUCCAUGGGCAUUGCUGGUGGAAGGCGAUGUGAUAGUCUUAAGGCCAGGCCAGGAGGUCCCUGGUCACUGUCGUGGACUGCAACCUGAAGACAAUGAGUUGUUCCCUGGACAAAUCUUCCAGCCUAGUACACCGCAAAAAGACAACUGCAGUGCUCCUCGAAUCCGAACACCCCAUCAGAACAAAGCAUACAGAAUGUGCGAGACUCCGUAUCUCAAGAACCUGAAGUUGGCGCUCGAACAAGCUAUUAUCAGGCCUGUUACUGUUUUUGAAAAACAAAGAUAUUUGUGCACAGUAAAAAUAAUGGAAGGUCUAGUACUGCCGUUGGUGAUCUCAAUUGUGGUGAUAGCGUCUUUCUUCCGCCACGUGUACCACUUGCCGGGAGUCACGCACUGGACCGAGAUCUACUUCCUCCAGACCGUGGCCGCUUCACUCCCCUUGUUGCAAAUUAUAUUCCCGAUAGCUUGGGUUACGCUCAAUUGUUACGGGUUAGCCAGAUUCAAACUGCUGUCUGAAACCCGUCAGAAAUAUAUCCGUCCAAAAUCAUGUUCCAUAUCAGAGGAAGCAAGUGAUCCGCUCAUAAAAGCCAUUAGCGAGUCUAACCUCCAACCAGAAGGUAUCAAAACCCUUGGAAGGACAUUCUUCAACAUCUUGACAGGCAGAGAAGACAUGGUGUCUAGAACUGCUAAGAUUGUGCAUGUCUUGGGAUCCUUAUCGGCGCUGACUUGCGUAGACAAAAAGGGUAUACUCUCAUGGCCGAACCCGACCGCAGAAAAAGUGUUCUUUCUACGUAACUCCAGUCCAGCUUCAAACAACUCGAGUAAAACGAGCCUCGUAGGGUCUAUGGGGCACCAGAGUGACACUGGAGACCCUGACGGAGGCCGCACUGAUGGAAAACCUGUUUCAGAACCUGGUACCAUCGCAGAGGUGUUAGACCUGACCCACGACCAGAACGCCCCGUUCUGCGUGGAGUUCGACGACCAGCGCUGGCGCCAGCACCUGGCCCGCCUCAAGCCGCUCGGGCUGGCCGCGCUGCUCAACACGUGCGCGCCCUCGCCGCGACACACUUAUGCACACUUUUGUGCACACUUGACCUGCGAAGCGCAGUACAGUGAAGACUUAGUUCCUGUGACGAAUAGACGGUGCCUGUGUGAGUUAGCCAAACAAAUAGGAUUUACGGACGCGGUCACAGAUUCCUAUGAAGUCAAAGAAUGUUUAGCUAUAUUUAGACAUCUGCAAGCGGAUACGAUAAGGCGCGAGACUCGGUUCGUGCGGUCUCUGCACCUGAGCACCCGGGUCAAGGUGCCGCUGCCGCACAUGCUCGCCGUGCUAGUGCAGGACCACGCCAACCAGCUGCAGAUGCUCACACAGGGCACCGCCGACAUAAUAUUGGACUCUUGUGUGGACUACUGGAACGGUCGAGACCUGACGACGAUCUCGGCCUCUGACCGUAAGAAGAUCAUCGACUUCUACCAGAGAAAUUCGCUGACGGCCUACUGCACUGCCUUCGCUUACAAGCCUCUUUCCCGCGGCAUAUCACCAUCACUUUCAUCGCUGUACCUAGAGCUGCCGGCCGACAGUAGGCAACUGUACGUCCCACACUCCCAGCACUGGGUGGACACUCCAGCGCUGCAUUUCCACUCCACGGACUCUUUAUUGUUCAAUGAAGUGACAGAGGAUGACGUGAAGGAUGCUGAAGGAUUCUUCGAUAUGCAGUGUAACCAGGUAUUUAUAGGAAUGGUGACGAUGCAAUACCAGGCUCAGAGCGAUAUGGUGGAACUUAUAGAGAGGUUAGAACGAGCCUGCAUACGAUUUGUGCACUUCAGCAAAGAGAACGAACUGCGGUCCAGAGUGUUCAGCGAGAAGAUGGGCCUGGAGUCAGGCUGGAACUGCCACAUCAGCCUCAUUAGUGAUGAUAAUGUCAGUAAGAGCGUGUCACCGCUGUCGUCACAAACCUUGGUCCCCGGCAAGGAGCGCGGCGCGGCUGCCUCGCUUCACACUUAUGACGCGCCCUCCCGAGCCUUGUACUAUAGCAAAAACAUAGCUACAUCCAAAGCGCUGUCCAUGUCGGCCCCGGGGGCAAUCAACUUGGAACACAACACAGUCAAGUUCGACAGCGAGAUCAAGAAGGCGAGACAUUCCAUCACCACACACACUAAUCUGAAGCGACCAAGUAUAUCCACCAGCAACCGCUCAGCUGACUCUCUUCUUGAUGACGAAGAGAACGAAGAAGGUUCACCGGCAGAUGCUUGUCGCUCGCUCUCCUGUCUCACUGACUCGACGGACCACUCCGCGCCUGUCAAUUUUGAUAUGAGCAAUAGGGCCAAACUACCCCGAGGCAUAGAGAACAUCCGUCCUCACAUCGAACAAGUGGAUAACGUGCCUCUGCUCGUGUCGCUGUUCACCGACUGUACGCCACGCUCUGUGCAACAGAUGAUACAGAUUAUGCAGGACUACGGCGAAGUUGUGUGCGUCAUGGGCUCAGCGGCUAACUGUCUUAAUAUGGAAAUAUUUAUGCAAGCGGAUGCCAGCAUAGCAGUAGAGCCGCUGUACCCGGUGCUGUGCCAAAAGAUGCCUCCCUACCAGGUGCCGAAGUCGUGCAUCGGUCCUAUCGACCUGGCCAGGGCACUCAAUUCAGUUCCUUGUUCUCUAUCUAUGACACGUGAGGCAGAUGUAUCACUGUUCACUUUGAUAACGAUAUCACGUCACUACAUGACGUGUCUUUGGAACAGCACCCAGUUCUGGAUGUGCAGCGUGUGCUUCUUGGCAUUACUACAGGUGGGUUCCCUGUGCGGGUUCCUGCCGCUGGCGCUGAGCGUGGGCGGCGCGGCGUGGGGCGCGUGGGUGGCGGUGGCGCCGCUGGCGGGCGCGCUGGCCUUCGCCCCGCCCGACCGCGCGCUCAUGCAGCGCGCCGCCACGCGCCCGCACCGCCCGCUCGACGCCAAGAUGGCAAUAUUCGUAUUCUGGUGCUACGCUCUAAAGUUCCUCCCCGCUGCGGUAUCAAUACUGGUUCUCUACGGGUUAACCCUGCGUAGCUUCUGCGAACAAAUCGCGCUGGCCACCAACUCGACCGGCUGCUGGCUCGUGUAUCCCAUCAACGUGGGCCCAUUCAACGAGACUCACGACCUGUCGCUGAAGAGUUUCCACGGAUGGGGAGACGACUUUUACGACGAAUUCUACCUCGCGCAACACAUCACUUUGGCGUUAAUUACUCUCCAUUUAAUUGUAAUAUCAAUAUCAUUCGUUCACCGACAAUCUUCUGUAUGGCAGAGGGGCUUCUGGACGAACAAAGUAUGGACUGUCACAGUGGUGAUCAUAGUGUGCUGCCAGGCUGCGUUCAGCUGCAGCAUGCUGAGCACGCGCUACGGCUCGUGCGGGCGCUGGGCCACGUGCGCGCGCGCCGUGCGCGUGGAGCGCGCGCUCGGCGCCGGCUACGGCCUCUCGCUGCUGCUCGUGUUCGCGCUCAACGAGCUCAUCAAGUGGCAGGAAAUUAAAGCGGACGUGCGCAACCAACGCCGCGCCCGCUUGGACUUCGGUACAAAACUGGGAAUGAAUUCUCCAUUCUAA